CUUUCUUAGGAGACCGCACAGAGGAACUAGAAGCACAGACAGAGAGAUUUACUGAAACGGCAGCAAUCACGUAGGGUAGGGUCGGGACAACGAAACCCUUCAAAAUCGAUGUCGUCUUUUGAUGACGAUGGCUACUUAGGCUACGACCCUCGCCUCGCUUCCCACCAGUUCCAGUCCUUCGACGCCCACUCGGUUAAGGACUCAGUAGCUGAUUCCCCUCCGAUGUUCUCCUACGGUACCGGAGAUGAUGUCUUCUCAUCUCAAUCAAUACCUGAAACACCUCCGAUCUACAGUGGCGGUGGUGGAAACUCUGCUUUCUCAUCGGAGCAGAACGAAAAAGGAUUGAACGGAGAGUUCGGAGGAUCGGAUGGACCAAUCUUGCCACCGCCUGCUGAGAUGGGGCCAGAAGAAGGCUCUGCUUUGAGAGAGUGGCGCAGGCAAAACGUGAUUCGACUGGAGGAGAAGGAAAAGAAAGAGAAGGAGACGUUGGAGCAAAUAAUAAAGGAAGCAGAGGAGUACAAAGUUGAAUUCUAUAGGAAGAUAAGUAUAGCUGUUGAAAAUAAAAAAGCCUCCAACAGAGACAAGGAGAAGCAAUGCUUGGAAAACCGAGAGAAGUUCCACGCUGUAGCUGAGAAAAAUUACUGGAAGGCAAUUGCAGAGCUUAUCCCGCAUGAGGUGCCAACUAUAGAGAAGCGGGGAAAGAAGGAUAAAGAAAAGAAACCUUCCAUCAUUGUGAUACAGGGACCUAAACCUGGAAAGCCAACUGAUCUCUCAAGGAUGCGACAGAUACUUGUGAAGCUGAAGCACAGUCCACCUCCCCACUUGAAGCCCCAAAUGCCGCCACCCCCAAAGGUGGCAGCUGUAACUAAUACAGAGACGGUUUCCGCUGCUUGAGAGCUGUGCUUGGUUGAGUUUCAGAAUGAAGCUGUCGAGGGCUGACAAGUAAUCGGUGUGAUUAUGAUAUUAAUUAGUUUGUAUAAUCCUUCCUUUGCAUUCUGUUUGAAGGUUGUACUUACGAGCAUCAUCUCAAAUUAGGCAUCUAGCAGUUGUGUUUGUGAACCAAACCUUUUGUUCUUUGGCCCAUCUGUGUGAAUAUAUUCUGUAUGGUAGCUAUUGCUUUGCCUUGGACCA